AGUUGAAAGCAACAUGGCGCCCACUGAAAUAGCUCCUGAUGCAGGAGGUACAAAAAUCAACCUUUCGAUGCUCAUAGAUUUCCUUCUACAAAAGACUUACCAUGAGUUAACCGUGUUAUCCGAACUGUGAGUAUUUUACUUAUCAUAACUCCUAACUUUUAGUAUUUUGAUUUAUCAAGUUAAAAUUGAACGGAAGCGGGAUGUCGCAGGUUUUGGGGUUUGCUGGCAACCGAAUGUUUUAUGGCUGAAAGCUAUACUUAGUCUAUAUCCAGUCAUCAUAUAUAAGGUUUGGGUAUUUCAACACUAAUAAACACUGACAUUCAGCGGUCAUACGAGAAAAUAACCUCAGACUGUACCGUAGAGCUCUUUACACCCUGUUGACGACCGUCAUUUUACGCUUAACGUUUAACCACUUGUACACUCGAAUUCAGCGAUUGUCCUUGGAAAUUCCUGGUAAAGUAAUAUUGCGUGGAUGUGAUAUAGAGUUAGAUCCGUCGUAUAUGUAAUUAUAAAUGCUAUAAACCGUGCUUUCAAUAAUAUUAUGAUAUUUCUGUACUGUUUAAUAUUUGUUUACUAACGUUGAUUGUAUCAGUUUCCUUUUAAUAAGAAUCCCAUUUUGAAGCAUUUUAGUCAGUGAAAAUUACGAGAUUUGCUCUAAGAAGCAAGACGAAUGUGAUAAUAAAGAGUUCUGUACUGUUUAAUAUUUGUUUACUAACAUUGAUUGUAUCAGUUUCGUUUUAAUAAGAAUCCCAUUUUGAAGCAUUUUAGUCAGUGAAAAUUACAAGAUUUGCUCUAAGAAGCAAGACGAAUCUGAUAAUAAAUAGUACAGACUUUAUUACCAAUAAAAAUUGGGUACAAGACUGGUGAUAUUUUGAGAGUUUUCACCGAGGAAGCUUUAGGGGAGAACAACAUGGAGCCUUUUAUUGCUGAGCCAAUUCCAAGCAUGCAAGGCUUUUACUGAGCUUUUGCCACUUUUUUCUUGCCAAAAGCUCCAAAUUCCUCAGAUUUGGGCCAGGAGAUUUACUCCAGAACCCUACCAUGUGGUUUUGUAAAUGUGUGGUUCCAGAAAAUAUCCAUACCCCCCAUGGAAGGGAUUUGCCAUAUGACCCCCCUUCCCUCUGGAUUUUCCAAAAUUGCCCCUCAAAUUUACCCCCCCCUCCUCCCCUCCGGAAUUUUCAAAGUUUUUGCACACCCCCUGGAAAUUUUGCUAUCUCUAAUUUAUUGAAGUGAACAAAGAAGUAGUUUUCUUCACUACGAUGCCAAAUUUUGUGAGUCUCAUGUAUUUUCUGUUGAAUAGCGCUUUCUACUAUUACUAAAAAUAGGUUUUGUCACCUUAGACCCCCGCGUGACUCAGACAAACUUUGUAUUCUACGGCAAGGCUUUGUAUGGGAAACAUACGUUUCCGACAUGAAAAUUGUUCAUAAAAUUUGCAGUGAGCGUUUUAAAAUGUUUUUUGAGCAUAAUUCCAAUAUAUAAAAGGUACUACUGCUAUUGGGAGCAAAACCUGGUCCGGUAACUCAAAUAAAUGGUCAAAAUCAGAAAAUAAAGCUACUCGAUCAAAGAAGGCUACUGAAAUUAGAUCCCUAGCUCUGUGUCUUAGGCAGAAAGCACCACUAUGCACAAAAAUUAUACGAUAUUAUACAUUUAUACGAUGAAAAUUUGUUGCCAAACGUGACUUUCCCGUACUAAACUCUUAUACUGGUCAGGUUUAAUGUCUGAGUCACAGCAGGGACCAGAAAUUUGUGAUGUCAUUAGAGGAAAGCGCCAUUGAUAACAGAUAAUCAAAUUUCUUUAAAUGCGAACUCCUUAUGCGCUCAAGUCACAGACAAAUUUUGUGCGUUUCAUGUAGUUUCUGUUGAAUUCUACAAUUCUGCAAAUAAAAUGCAAGGUCGCAUAGGAAACACAACUGUACUUUUCUCACACUGCAUCAAGAAGAAAGCAACACUUGAAGAAGUAUAAUUAAAGAGAUCAGGACCUCGUCGCACGAUCAGACAGUGUGUGAGUAUCGAAUAGACCUUUUUACCGAUACGGCGGCCAUAUCAAUAAUUGAAGUAAUUCGAUUUUGGGAGUAUUACAGGAUGCCCAGGGCACACGAGCACAUUUGGUUUGUAUUUUCGAGCACUUUUCAGGACAUUUUGUCUUAAACUUUUCUUAGAAUAAGAUUGUAAUGGGAAAAAAGAUCCUUAUGCCGUGUUUGGAUGUAAUAAUGAUCUCCUUUUUCCCGAGACAUAUACAGUGCAAGACCAUAUUUCUAAUGUUAAACUAGAAAUAGGCGAUCAUUAUUACAUACAGACACAGCACAAUGAUCUUUUUUCCCAUUACAAUCUUAUUCUAAGAAAACUUUAAGAAAAAUGUCCCGAAAAGCGCUCAAAGAUACAAACGAAGUGUGCUCAUGCCCCCUGGGCAUCCUAUAAUAUUCCUUAAAUCGAAUUAAUUCAAUAUGGCCGCCGUAUCAGUAAAAAGGUCUAUUUCCUUCUACCAAAUUUGCAUAUUUGAGUUUUCGGUAAAAUUGCACAUCGCCGAUUUCAUUGACAAGAAAAUUGUCACGCAAAGUUUAACUUGCUGGAAAAGACUCGUGUAACUUCUUUGUGAUAGAGAAACAGUCAAGAGAAGAAGAAAUGCAACCAAUUAAAAAAACCUAUUUUUCGUGUUUUGUGUUCUCGACAUGCAAGGAAAAUGAAGUUUCGUUCCGCUGGCUCAUAAACUGCAGAAGCAUAAAAGAUAAAAAUUAAAUAUUUUUGGGAAACUUGUUGCAAAAAAAAAACUUAAGUGUUGAAUAAAACGUAUGUUGAUACUGUCGAUAAUCGAUUGAUAAUAUGAAGGCGAAGAUGGCUACAAUGGAUCAGAGAUUCGUAUAUGAUACGUUUGUAAACAAACUUCGUAACGUACGUGACGUAGCUGGAGAAUAACAGAUCAUUCAACACAAGUGGCCAGCGAUGAAAUAGUUUUGGGAUGGAAACACGGCGAAAAUUUAUCUUUGAACAGAUAGCUUCAGUCGCUCGAAUGAUCGACAAAUUCUUUUUUGAACGGAUAGCUUGAGCUGUUCGAACAGUUAACAAUUUUUUAAAAACGGAUAUCCCAAGCCGUUCGAACGGAUGACAAUCUUUUUCAAACAGAUAGCCCAAGCCAUUCGAACAGAUGGCAAUUUUUUUUGAAUGUAUACCCUGAGCCGUUCAAACAAAUACCAAAUACGUUUGGAAACGGCUAACUGUAAGAAACGUUUACGCGUGAGAGGUCACGCCAAGGGACUGACAAAAUAUGCUCGCUAUGUCCAUUAAUCCAUAGCUUUAGUAGCUCUUUAACUUUUGUCGUGUUUUAUAUCUUCGUAAAUAAAUUGUCGUGGUAAUUUUUUGUGUUUUUUCUUUGUUACUCUCUUACGCGUCACGAGAACCCUCUGGAAAUAUUUCCCUAUGGUGACCGCCCCCCCUCCCCACUGGAAAAUUAGGCAAAUUGACCCCCCUCCCCCCCUUGAAAAUCCUAUCUCUUCCGUGGGUGGGGGGGGUAUGGAUAUUUUCUGGAACCACACAAUACGUGCAAAUUCUCCAAUACUUGGGACAAGGCAAAGAGUAUGUUUCCUUUUAAUUUAAGAAUGAGUUUAAGACGGAAUCCAUCAGGAAAAAAAAAUUUAGUAAUUUAAUUUUCAGGUGACAAAAACCUUGUACCAGAAUUAUUGCAUUCUUUUUUACAUUUUUCAAGGGCUAUAGAUGUAAUUAGUUAUCUGUGGUAACACCAUUCAAAGAAUAUUUCUUUUGGGAGCCUGAGAAAAUGAAUGUCAAAUUUCACAAAAUGACAUCUUACACGUGAAAUUUUCAGAAUUUUUCCUGUGUUUUCACAGUUCUUGUGAAAUGUGACAUUUAUUUUCGCGGGCUCCCGUGAGAAAUAGUCUUUGGUGUUAUUACAGAUAAUAAGUUAUAUCUAUAGCCCUUAAAAAAUGUAAAAAGAAUGCAGUAUUGUUCAAAUUAUUCUGGUACAAGGUUUUUGUCCACUGAAAGUUGAAAUUACUCAAUUUCCUGAUGGAUUCCGUCUAAGAUCAUUACAAGUUUUGCAUGGCCUUUUCUUCUGGUUACCCUGUUCUCCAAAAUCAUCAACCACGGCAAUGUUUACAAUGACUUGUACACUUUCUGCUGGCUCAUGUUGGGCAAGGGUGAUAAUUAACUCUUUCCCCUGGGCCCUAUAAAUAUUCAUCUUUAGAGAUCAAAGUAAUAAAAAAAAAUUCUCAAAAAUUUUGUUAAAUACCUCACUGUUUAGUUUUUUUGUGAAACAUUAUGGGUUCAGUCAAUUUAAAUAAUUAUUUUUUUCUGCUGGAAAGAGUAUUUUCCUCCUUUAAAAAUGGUAUAGUUUUCCAUGCUGCUGUAAAACCUGCUGAGAUAUAUUUUUUUUAAUUUGAACAUGGUAAAUUUUGCUCUUUUUGGACCAGGAGAAAAUGCGUUAAAACCGGAAUUUUUGAAUUAUGACAAAAUCUUGUCUCUGUGCAUGUGUAUGUGUGCUCUUUAUUUACCACACUGUUUUGCUCUUUGAAAGUAGUAGAAAAUGUGAUAUUCAACAAAGACACCACCCCCAGUAGACUAUUAAUGACAUUUGCAUGCCUUGAUAUACAGGGCUUCUGAUAUUUCGCGCGGUCGCGGAGCCGUGAAAUUCAGGUAAAUCCGCAAAUUCCCACGAAAUUCACAAAAACACGAAAAAUACCGCGAAAUUCAGUAGAAAUCUUAUCAAAAUAAAUACAUGUCUGUACAACAUAUUUGAAACUUAUUUCAGCUAUUGGGGCUAUUUACUUGCCAUAAACUUUCAAAUUUAUCUUAAAACUUCGUCACUGAAACAUGCAAACAACAUCCCGAAACUACCAGGUGUAGAUUAUGUUGCAAAAAACUGGGCUCUAGCCAUGAUGUUAAACGCUUUGCCAUUGGUAACCUGAGAUCAGGCUCUAUUUUCGUUUUGCUCUGAAAAUUACAUUCCGGCGGGCAAGGCGAAACGAAAACAGACCAAUUUUAGCGGUGCCUUUAUGUGAAUGUAUGACAACCGCUAAAAUUGGGCCUGAUCUCAGGUUAUGCCAUUGGUUAAUUUGUAGUGCGUAUUGUUGUUGAGAGAGCAAAUGAUGACCUCAGUUAGAAAAACGUUAAAAAUGAACAGCGCAAAACCAAUUGAUUUCUAGCGAAAUUUGCCUUGAAAAUAACCACAAAAUUGGACGUUUUUUACCGAUUGCUUUUUGAUGAAGUUUGCUCCAUAAACUCCCGUGAAAUUACCACGAAAUCGGCCGAUUUUUCCGCAAAUUUGUCCCUAAAAAUCCCGCCAAAUUUGACUUUUUUUUUCCGCGACCUAUCAGAAGCCCUGUUUAUACCUUUAGACAGCAACGAUUCACUAUCAAUUAUUUCUCCUCUUUCUUCACAUACAGUAAUGCACUUAUUAGAAUUAACAACAGAAGAGGGACUGACUACUUUAAGUGUUAUGAAAAAAGGGUAAAAGAAAAAAACAAAGGCAGAUUUACAAAUUAAUUUUAAUGCAUUCCUCUUAUCCAAUCAGAAACAAUUUAUUUUUGUUGCUUUGUAAAGUGUAUUCUACAUGGUUGUAAAUUAAUAAAAUAAUAUUAUUGUUAAUUAAAAUAACAUCCAGAUUUCAGUGGGCUAAAAUAGUAAUUCUUAGUUAUUGUCAGUAGUGAUUAAAUAAUACUAAUUUUUAAUAUUGGUCUAUUUUUGCAAAGAAAGUUCGGCUAGGAUGCAUUGCCUGUUUUUAGUGAGGUUCUAUAUUGUUGUCGCAUGUAUUUCCCUAUAAGAAAGUUUAAGGUUGUGACUCUGAGAAUGAGAUAAUAUAACGUCCAUUAUGUACUGUAGUAACAGAGGAAGAUCUUUGGUAGACUGGAGUCUUUAACACUUUUGUUAGUUUUGAAAUGUAAUAGUUUUGCUACAAAUUUACUCUGUCACUGUGAAAUAGAGAUGAUGAUUACAUGUGUAAUCACAAGUAAAUUUGCAGCAGAUUAUUACAUUCUAAACUAACAAAAGCAUAUAAAUAAAGACUCCAGUCUAACCAGGAUGUUCCUCUACAUGUUCCUUUGGAUCGGAGUCAUAUGAUAAGGCCUUAAGUCAGUCAUAGUCCAAAGGCCAUCCUAGCAUUGAAAAUGAUUGAUCUUGGUAUUGUUUUGUCACAGAUUGCCAAGGAAGUCUGAUAUUGAAAGGUAAAUAAUUCUUUUUUACUUUUGAAACUGCUUAGAAAAGUUGUUAACAAGAUCUUAUUAGUACAGUGUAACUGAAGAAAUGGAAAAAUAAUGUAACCAGCAAGAAUGCUCUAUUGACAGCACCUAUUGUUUGACAUGUAUCACUUGUGUUACGAUGAAUGACAUGUACGUUAGCUUUGGCCCUCAUUGUCACAUAUUUGCUGCUAUAACAAAGCUGGGGUCUUUUUCUUGAAAGUCCUAAUAUUUUACAGGCACACUGAAGUUUUCAAAAGUUAUACAGAUAAUGUGAUAAUUCUGUCAGUUAACAAAACAAAAUUUAAAUAAUGGUUUACAUGCAGCUAGGAUCCACACUUUUAUUCUUAAGAUUUUGAUUAGAAUAUUUGAUUUUGGACCCCCUAAAAAUGGGCUGAUGGCUAUUAUACCUGGUAGCUGGGAAGGGUCUUAAAAAAAUAAAUGUCCGGCAGUCAGAAAAUUUCCUAAAGUGAUGUUCAAUUUGAAAGUUUUAACUCAAAACUUAAGAAGCAUGAAUAAAAAUUAUAUUCUGCAACCCCUUCAUCCCCUUUAGUAUCAUUGCCUACACAUGUAUUUAUGUACAUGUAGUUUAUCUUUUCACAUGUAUGGCAGGUUAUACAGGGGUUUCAAUAGUAGCCGGGUAGCGGGUAGAUCUACCCGCUUGCAACGGGCUGAUUACCCGCUUGGAGCCUUCACAUGAACGUCAACUAAGACCAGAUAAUUUCAUCUCAGCUUCGAAUUCUUGCCCAAAAAUUGGGCAAAAUAGGUUUUGACUAUGACUACUUCAUUGUAACAUAAUUCUCUUCAAAUUUGUUUAAAUUAGUUGACUUAGGAGCAAAAAAAUGUAAAAACAAAGCAACAAAAAAAUACCUGAAAAUGCAUGUGCGAGUGUCUAGAACUUCAAAAUUUUCCGGGGGAGCAUGCCCCCGGACCCCCCUAGGGUCGAAGGCCCUUGGGGCCUUCGGCAAAUAUACCCGCCUGUUACUCUUAAGUACCCACUUAUGCAAAAACUUAUUGAAACCCCUGGGUUAUACAUAUGCAUUUUGCCUUUUAUAAAGGAAAGACUCAGAAAUGAAGUUAUUUCCCUGCUUUUGGAUCUCAUAUUGCCAGUCUCACUUCUGUGAAAAAAAUUAAGAAGAUAACUCCUCCAAAUAUUAAUGUUGGACUCACAGUAUUCAUCCUCUGUUUGACUGUACUUUCUAGAAAGCUCCUUUUACAGUAGUAAAAUUAAUGACAUUUACAGCUGUAAUUGUUUGCCCAAAUCUUGUACACUGGAACAGUAGACUUUUUGUUCAAGGCUUAUGUGUUGAGCUUUUCUUCAAGCACAUCCUUGAGAAGGGAAAAACCUUUUUCUGCAUACAGAAAAUGAAGCACUGAAGAGUCAUUCAAAGAACUUUUUGAGUUGGUAUUUGGUAUUUUUAUCUAAGAGAGCAAGGGGCAGGAAAUAGCGCAUACAGUUGUACGGUUGUAGGCACAUUACAGCCCAAUUCUGCUAACCAGCAAGACAGAGGGUGAAUAGAGAGCUGAUUGUUGGAGAUACUACAUUGUACUAGUGGCUAAACAUUGUUGCUUUGCAAAUGACAUUUCUAGAAAAAUUGAGAUCGUGCAGUUUGCCAGCCGAACUCGCCAACAAUUUGUGCGUCUCUUGGCUUUGGUGAAAUGGGCAGCCAGUGCAGAGCGAGUUGACAAGUGUCAGGUAAGUGCAUUUUUUGUGCAGGUUAGGAUCAUAAAAUAGUGCAGAUUCAACAGAUAAGAGAUGUGACAAAAAACUAGAUGCCUAUAAAAGGCGUACAUUGGGCUUUGUGAUGCAGGCAGGUUUAACAUUAAUUUUGGAAAGUUUGAUGAUCACUAAGGAAAGUUGAGGUGUUGGUAAAAUUGUCUGAAGUGACCAAAUUUUUUUUAUAUUUUGCAUUAAACAUUGGGCCAAUAACUCAAGGCAAGAAUUUUGUUUUUUGUGAAUCUUUUGACCAGAUUGCUCACCUCCGUACUUACAAGUAAAAUGAUUAGCUCCUCAGAAGGGGAAACACGAUACACAACAACUUUUGCAAGGCCAUGGCUAUCUGCCAUUUUUGUCUUUUUUUGUUCAUGGACAGGGGGACAAUUCUCGACUCAACUGUGUCACAAGCAGGCUAAUAAUAACAAAGUUUCACUAUGCUGAGGAGGAAAAAGUCUCUUGAUCAUAAUGUUAUUAGUUUCAUAAAAGAAAAUUAUUAAUGGUGGUUGAAGAGGUAUAAUAAAAUUUUUUUCUGUGUUCCUUAAUUAUUCAGUUUCAAGUAAACAUAAUAGAUUUGAAAACAAAGUAAUAACAGGCUGAUUUUUGGCAAGUGGGAAUUUUUUAAUUUGCUCUUUCUGAAUAUUCCAAUUAGUCCCAUAAUUUCACAAAUUUCUUUUUGAUUUUUUGUGACAUUGACAGUUUUUCUUUUCUAUUAAAUCAGUGUGUGUGUACCUUUCAUGUUAUGCACAUUUGAUCUUAACAUUAUGCACCUGUAAUUUGCGCCAUAUUGUAAGUAAUAAAUUUAUUAUUAUUUAUUAUUUCAUCUUAAAAUGCCUGAAGGGCAAAUAAAAAUAUAGUUUGUCAAACCUUUGUAAGGAAAAUGAUGUAACAACAAUUAAACUUUGGGUGGAUCUUCCUGUACUUUUAAUAGGGAUCUGAGUUAGCAAACUGAAGCAACAUUUUGCUCAUUGUACAAGGCGAUACUACUACCUUUUUCUUGCUCAUUGUACAAGCUUACAGCAUGUACCUUUUUCAUUGCACCCUGACAAAAAGUGACAAUGGAUUAUUAUACUGAUAAAUAUUGCAACAUGUGAAGUAUUGUCAGUGUUUUGUGCUUUUCAGGCCAUCUCUACAAUCUUGGAUAAGCAAUCCAUGCUGUUUGUAGAUACUGCGGAUAUGUUGGCAAGAAUGUCCAGAGAAACCCUUGUAAAGGCAAGGUGAGGUAGAUCUGCUUCCAGCUAAAAAUUCAUGUCAUCAUUGAUAAUGUGUAAUGAAAUGCCAUCUUGUGUUGUCUGUCAAUGGUUAAUUUUGGUGGUACAGCCUUGCAUGCAUCAAAUCAGAUCUAUGUGCUCAUUUUGUAACAGCCACCCUGAUAAGUCAGUGUAAUGGGUGCCUGGUUCUGUUGGUUUGGGAGCUUGCUGUGCUAAAGUGAAGCCCCUGGACAUCCCAGGCACACAUCUCCACUAAGCAACAGUUGUUGAAUACACUUGUAUCAUUGUAGUGUGUCAAACCAAUCUCAAUCUUGGCUAUUCUCCUUUUGGCAAGUUACAUGUUCACUCAGUGAUGAUUUCAUUCACCCCUGCAAAAUCUAUAGGGAGCCAAAUACGUGUUCCAAGAUCUUUUCAGUAAAUGAUGAUUGUGCAAAACGAUCUCACCCCAUUCUGUAGGAGUGUGAUUUUCUCCAUCAACAUUAAUGCAGUUAUAAUGCACAGUGCAAGUAGAAUUACUAGCAAAGUUUUAGCCCUUUGGGGAAGGAGAGCAGGUUAGAGAGAGACAAAGAGACAAAUUUGUACUCCUAAGACUACACUGUACAUAACAUAUUAUUAUUCUGUGGUUUGGUUUAGUGUAGGCCACCUCCGCAUUAUAUGGCCCAUCCAUGCUGAGGAUGUAAUGUUCUUUGGUAUUUAAUACUUUCUUGUUCUUGUCAUCUUUGUUAAAGAUUACCAACCUUCUGUCUGCCGGCUGCAGUGGAUGUUCUUACGGGUGGAACAUAUCCACGACUUCCAACAUGCAUCCGGGUAAUAGACACAGUGAUUUUGCUAAGUUUUAUGAUUAUUAGUGUAACUCACCUUACAAUGAGACACUAACAACAGUAAUUCCUACACAUCUUUUCCCAUAUUUUCUACAAAUUAAACUUGUGUUAAGUGAACACUGAGACCUACGUUCUCAGCACUCUUUUCUAAGGGGCUGCAGAAAGCUGGUAACAAAGUUACUAACACUGAUCAUGAGGUACUAAUUAAAAGCAUUAAUAAGGACUCCAUCAGUUGUGUCUUGAGACAGAAAGAUGCCAGUUGUGAAAGAGCAAGCAUCCCAUGGGUGUUCACUUAAUUCAAGAAAAAUGCUCAAUUUCCGUACUUAUUUCUGUAUAUUUUGCAGGACAAAAUUGUUCCUCCAGACCCAAUAACAGCUGUUGAAAAGGCAAAGACUCUGCAGAGACUUAAUCAAGUUGUUCAGCACCGACUGGUUACUGCUAAACUUCCACCAGAGAUGGCAAACUUGGUUAUUGGUAAGAAUAUGUCAACAUGUACUUCAUUAUAUUUUAAACCUGAAUAAGCUGUAAAAUAAUGGUAUUAAUAAUUACAUACAGUGUGCCUUGUAAUGUAAUGAUAUACAUGUGGUCUUCAUUGUUUCUUUUGUUACUUCUAGGUUGUGAAUUUCUAAAAUUAAUUGUCUCUAAGCCUGCCAUAGUGCAUUUGCGCGCUCUGAUUGGCUGACUUGGAGAUGGAUAAUUAUGUUUUGGGUCAAAUUUAAUCUUUGGUUUGAAUUUUUCAAACUGGUUUAAAAUUUUCAAACUGGUUAGAAAUUUUUAAACACACAACAUGUUCUCAUUUAUUUAUCUUUUCUUUAUGUGUACUCUUUCUCUCUUCUCCAAUGCUGAGUUUGCCUUUUUUUGCAAAUGGGGCAUCCAUUGUCUUUGAGAAGGUACAUGGAAAAUCAUCAUUAAUCACUAUUCACUGACUUGAAUAAUAAUAAAAGAAAAAUACUGUCAGUAAUAAUUAUCUAACAAUUAUUAUUGUUACGUAUUUUCUAUGUAUUUUCUUACUAAUUAAAAUUAACUAAUAAUUAUUGUUUUUUACCCUUGCAGCUGAUGGGAGAGUCAAAUUCAGGGUGGAACAUGAGUUUGAGGUACUCUAUAAAAAAAAUUAUGUAAUUUGCUCUGGCCCCCACCUAAAUGUAUGUACAGUAUUAUGUUCAUCAAUGUUAAAAUAAAUGUAAGAAUUUUUUGUAAAAAUGUGAUAUAAUUGCUCUUUAAAAAAAAUUAAUGACCACUAAAAACAUGCUCGAGAAUCAAUUCUUUUUGUUUCUUUCCUGAAAAUUUGUUGAUAUUAUUUUCCAUUAUUUUAAUUUAUUUUCCCUUUGUGGGGUCUCUUUUUUAAUAUUAAUUUUUUUAAUUUUUUUUUUCUGUUCAAGGUGAUGUUGACUCUUAUGGGAGAUGAGUCAACAAUUCCGUGGAGAGUUUUAUCCAUUGACUUCUUGGUUCAGGACAAGGAAACUGGAGGUGAUCUAUUAACAGACAUGUGUAAAUUUGUUUGUUGCUGGUUCUUUCCCUUUCUCCAAGAGGUUUUUCUCUGGGUACUCCAGUUGCCCUGGUUUUCUCCUCUCCUCAAAAAUCAGCUUUUCUAAAUUCCAGUUGGAUUCAGAAUACUAUAGACAAAAAGGCACUUUGUAGUGAUAAUAAUGAUAAUAAUGGCAAUAAUAAUAAUAAUAAUAUUAACAAUGAUAGCAAUAAUAAUAUGUCCCUGGAAAAGUUCAAGAGUCCAAGAAAGUCAAAUCCUUUGUGAUUUUUAAUAGCAUACAGACUGAUCAUCAGCUCGAACACAAUAGAGCUGACCUUGUUGUAGUAGACAAACAACAAGUAGUUUGCCAAAAUAAUUAUUGACAUUGAUGUACCAGGGGAUGCUGGGGUGGAACUGAAGGAGAAAAUUGAGAAAAUCAAGACCUGGGAGAAGAAUUGAGGAAACUGUGGAAGGUCAAAACAACAGUUGUGCCUAAUUUGUAGUCGGGGCAGUUGGGACAAUCCCAAAAGGAUUAGUUGGCCUUCUUGAGAGCAUAGGAGGGAAUCUUAAUGUGGCUCAAAUUCAAAGGACUGCCCUAUUAGGAACUGCACGAAUCCUCCGGCAGGUUCUCAAACAUUAAGGUUGCAUGAUGUGACUGAGAGUACCUAUUAUUUAUUAUUAUAAUAAUAUUCGUGGAUAUGCUACCAGUGUCUGAAACAUAGUUAUCUAUUAAACCUCUUGCUUUUCCAUGGAUUAUGACUUUUUAGCAGUUUUUACUUUAUGCAAUAGCGACCUAACAUUUCUAACGCUGGGGAAAAAGUUAUGAUUUUAAUAUCGAAGAUUGUACCAAAGACUAUUAAAUUCGUUCAAUGCCAUUUUUAGACGAAAACUCCAACUGCACUGCAACGGAAGUCACAGAAGCAAAUUUCAAGACAAGUGCUUGUUUGUUUACCUUUUGUUGACGGAAAUAAUAUUAUUUUUGCCUUUGGCCAAGGACUAAACGUUUUCUGUUUUCGUUUCAAAAGUACAGAAUGAGCAAGGAAUUUUGUUGUUUGUUCACCCACACUUAGCCUGAGAAUCAUAAGUUUUAGUCAUCCACUCAGGGUCCUUGUUUGAAAUGUUGGUUGCCUGUGGGUAAAUCGUACAUAGGCACCUCUGGCAACCAGGCACCCAUUAGGCAGCAGCCUUGGGAGCUCAAACCUAUUUCGAUUUGGCAUGUAAGUGUGGACAAAUUUUUGUUGAGAAUAUUAUCCUCAUUUAUCCCCUUAUAAAUUUGAACCUGAAUAUUAAGGAAAGUUAAUAAAGGUACCAUUUUGCAGAUAUAGCUUUAUUUAAUUUGUUUGUACUGAAUGUUUUGAGCAAGUAAUAUUUUUCUUCAGGCAACUAGAUUGUGAGGCUUUGUUGCCUGAAGGGCAACCAACUUAAAUGUUACCCCUGCUCUAUAAGGAAGUAAAAUAUUAAUAAUUUACAAGGUUAGCUCAUUCACAUGCAUCUGACAAGAAUUACUCUAAAUGCAUCUUUUAUCAUGAUAUCAUUUACGUAAAGGAAGCAAAUUAAAACAGUUUCUUCACAUCAGCAAAAACAAAAACUAAUGAAAUACUUGUUGUUCUUUUGUAAUCAGAUGGAAAAUCCCUUGUGCAUGCUCUUCAGGUAAGACAACAAAAAUUUUGUUUGAAGUGUUAAUUUAUUUAGCAAGGCUGUGUUGCUCUGAGAAAACCUCUAGGAAGCCUAAGAGCUCUGAUCUUACAAUGACUGAAACUAAAAGGCAUAAGUAUGCUAACAAGGGCCACCAAGCACUGCUUGUAGACAACAGCCAUGAAAAAUUAAUACAUUGUGUGCACCUCCUAAAAAGAUAAUACAUAUCUAUGUAGAUUAAAAAAAUAAAAGUCAUGUCUAUUCUAUUAGCAGUUUUGUUCUUUUUGCAGUCACAGUAUAUUCACCAGCUUGUACAGUCACGUAUGUUUGUCGAAGAGGAUCCUUUGGUGGAUUUGUAUAAAUGUCUGCGUAUCCUUUACUCAACAAAAGUGAUCAUGGUGCAAAAAACAUGACGUAUGCAAUUCACUGAACAGUGAUCUUAGCCUGUGAGCGCAGAUGCCUUUCCUGGCUUUUUCUGUCAUUGACUACAGUGCUCAUUGUAGAAAAAAACAAUUUUUUGUUUGUAUUAACAUUACAUUGUAUGGUUCUUAACACUUACGCAGACUCAUUUUGCCUCUCUCUCCAAUUGCAAGUUCUUCAUUUUCAGGUUAGUUUAGAAUUUACAUGUAUGUUUGUCUUGCUUAGCUUAUCAAAGCACUUGAUCAACAGACCUCUGCUUAUAAUAAUUAUUUUAUAUGCAGCUCUAUAUGUAUAUUAAUAUUUAGAAUGUCCCAAUCUGAGAAAAUUGCACUAUACCUUGCAACAACUGUGAUGUUGUAUCAAGAGUAAGUGAAGUUGAGUUAAACAAACAUUCUUUUUUGACCUUUUAAGCUGAUAAAAAUGCCACGUACCUUGGGAAGAUUGAAAUGCUGACCUUUCAGCACAAGCCCUUCAUCAGAGUCAAAAUGCUGACUAAGAGCUAUAAUUUGUUUGAAACAUCUUCAUCAUCAUUAUGUUUUUAAAGUGGAAAAUUAUAAACUAAAUUUUAGUCAAUAUCUUCAUAAUAAUUAUAUUUUGACCCAAGAACCCUUCAACUGAAAUACCAAUUGCAAUGCACAAAGCAUUAAUUAAGAGUGCCUGAUAAUCUGUUGAUGAAAACAUUAAUAUUUCAGGCCAAGCAGUUGAUAACAGAGAGAUGGGGAGAAAAUGUUAGAAUUGAGGAGUUUGUAGUUGGAAAAAAACUUGUUAUCUCUUACUGGAGGUGAGAACAAUACUUGUAACUACACUAUACACUGUAGGAUCAUGAUAUGCGUGAGCACUGUCACAUACUGGGGCAAGUCCUAAACAACAAAGUAUUGACUUUUCAAUGAUUUUAUUCAGUCAAUCUGCACUAUAAUAAUAUUGACACCUUGGUUUUAGUGACGUUGGAGUCUGCAACAUUUGGAAUAAUUACAUUAUUUUCAUAAUUUUUAAUUUUUAAAGUUGGAUUCACUUGUCAAUAUGUUUAUUAUCCAGCUACUGGCACUUUCCUAAGAAAAUUGACACUGAAUUUUUGUUGCGGACAUUACGUAAUGUCCGCCCUCGGGAUCUGACAUUAAGUGUAUAAUGUUACACAGCUACAUGUACAUGUAAAGACCAGUCCUCAGUUGUGUGAACUGAUCAAAGCAACAAUUACAUGUAUACCUCUCCUUCAAAGCUUGCAUACUUAUAAGUAGUUUUAAAAAGGACUGUUAUUAAGAUAAAGUUCUCUCUAUUAUUGGCCAUCAGUCCUGGGUGGACUUCAGGAAGACAACUCAUAUUUUUUACAUUUCCUUCUUUCCUGUCUUUUGGAUGAUAAUUUCAGUAAUUUCCUUCUCUUUCCAGGACAAGAGGGGUUGUUCAACAAGGGCAAAAACCAGGUAAAUAAUAUUUAGAACAGACAAAAAGUGACAACAAGUGGGGUUGUUGAGGGAGAUGUUACACUGUAUGUUCCUGAGUGAUAAGGCUGUGCCAGAAAAAAAUGUCUUGACUCUCCAAACUGACUUGUAGAUCACACCAUGGUCUGCUUUAAUGGCACAUUGUGCCUCUCUUUUCUUCUGCUUAAGAAAUUACACUACCAAAUAACUAAUGUUCAGUUUGCAUAGUUGCAUUUACCUCACUUGACUUUAAUAAGAAUUCCUUGUGUUAUCGUCAACAUUGCUAAGGUCAUUUUGUGUUCCCAAAGUGCCAAUGGGUUUCAAGACUAAAUUAAACUUACCAGAUGAUAAUUAUUAUCUGAUUGUUUUAGGUCACAAAGUAACAGUUUGUGGAGACAACAGUGAUAAUCCAACCUGUCUUUGUGUGCAGCACUCUCCACCCCUGCCUUUUGAGUGUACAUCUGAUUGCAUCUCUAAAAUAUCUGUAAGUGUUGGCAUUAACAUUUGGAAUACAAUGAUAAACAGCUGUAAAACAAUCAAUGGACAAGAUUGAGGAAAAUAUCAUGAGCUGAGUUCAUUGACUGUUUUAUUGUUAAAUCAAUGUUUGUUGAAAACAAAAGAAAGGUAGAGUCUUCACAGUAUUUCACAUCGGUAGCUCUAUAGUCAUCAUCUGACUAACAAAUCUGAGGCUGAAGUGCACUCAUUUUAUCCCCCUCUCUCCAUCAGUGCUGUGUUUUAUGGGUAUUUAAAGCUACAUAGAAAGGAAAGAAGGGAAAACAAGGAUUUGAGAUCACACCCAUAGGCGUACGGGCCGGGGGGGCGAGGGGGGCUGCAGCCCCCCCAAAGUUUGGGCAACUCAGAUUUUUUGGGCAGCGAGAGGAAAUUUGGGCAAAGCCAGUUUUUAAAGGAAGUCUCCAUGUUCAUUUAGUUAUUUUAAAGAGCUGAAUAUUAACCUGAAGUAGGCGUAAUAAUCCAGUUACAUUACAGUGGUUGCUUAGCAUGUGAUGAGUAAUUUACACAUUUGCAGUUUUUUUUAUGGGCACUAUACUGCACUGCACUAGCUGGAAUGGGCUAUUUCCAGUCGAGAAUUGAUUAAAAUAAACUUUCGCAUAACUUUCUAGAAUCAUCUCCACUCGAAGAACAGUGUAUGGCAGAUAGCAUUUAGCAAUGGGUAUUGCCUGCCUUGCCUGCAUAGCAAGCGUUUCCGCGCGAUUUCGACUGAAAACUGUAUGAACAUGAAGAAGUGGCUGACUAAUUCUCAGUUUGAAUUACGAGAAGAAUCUUAAUUCUUUUAAAAAAUCUAUCGAGCGGUUUAAAAUUAUCCGCUGAUUUGUUAAAGUAGACCGAAAUGUUUACAAAACCGCUAACAAGAGUGUCUCGAUACAUACUAAUCAAAUCCUUCUUUCGAUUCUAGCAAUCAAGCAGAGCUACCUCCACGAUCUUUCACACAAGUUUUUAAAACGAUUAAAGCUACUAUGAGGUGAAAUUGCAGGACAAAAGCACUUCAUUUUCUACAGAUAAUGGCCAAAAAUCAAGAUUUUCUUUUCCUUACCGUAUUUCUAAUAAUAAAAAAUCAUUGCAAAAUAUCUCGAUAACGCUCUUAAGGUUUUGCUUAAACUUCACGAACAUCGAGGCGACCGUAUUGGAGAAAAAAGCUCCUGUGAACGAUUUUGUAAGGUUCCCGUACCGAGAAAAAAUAGGUAAUGGAGUCAUUUCGUUGCUACGACAACUCCGAUGUCACUGCAACCCUGAUAAUGCCAAAUUUUCAUCUUAAUACCACUGUGGUCGCAGUUUUUCCAAAUGUUUGCUUAUGGCGACGUAGUUUAUGCUCAGACUUGGUAUUGAUCCUGAAAACCUGUAUCGAGCCACCUUCAUAUGCCAGGACGGCCUAUGUUGUUGCAAUAUGGCCCUCAUUUCUUUUCGACUCUUUCGUAAAAAUUUGGGCAACUUAGGAGAUUUUUUUGGGCAAAUGGUUUACCGCCCCCCCUGGCAAAAAAUUUCCCGUACGCCUAUGAUCACAUCUCAGGGAAUCGAACUUGAGAUCUUCCACAAAAAACGCUGCACAUGGAACAAACUGUCCCAAUCCUUGCCACUUUAAGGAGAAUUACUUUUUGUUUUUCCGUCUCCAUUGAGCAUAAGCAGACUAUUUUCUGUAGGCAGUUACAUUGUAUCUGUAGUGACCAAUCAAAUCUUUGGAAAAUAUCAUUCGUUCAAAUAAUAGUACAAAUGUUCAGGUAAUGGUAAACUGCUUGGCCACACACCUCCUCCAUUGUUACCUUUAAAGGGGAUGUGUCACGGCAGUCUAGUUCAUUUUGUUUAUAUUGGCAAUUACACGUCCUUAUCCGCAGUGGAACUGAACAUCAGUGAAUAAAUUACUUGCAUAUGACGCGAUUACAACUUCAUCUUGAACAUAGAAAAUGUAUAUGUCUCCAGAGCAUUUGAUUAAACAUCACAAACAACAAAAAUGAACUUUGAAAAUCUGUUAGCCUAACAAGCUAUAAAAAAGACAAUUUCAAUACGUUUCAAUCUUCUUCAAGUUUGUCCAUCCUUGCUUUCUUUUGUAUUUGCUGUGUUAUUUACACCUUUUUUGGUGACAGUUCUUACUCAGGGCUUUGAAUUUUGAUAAAUUUCAUGACACAGUUCCUUUAAAUUCUUUUCCUUUGUUUCAUUACCCAGCCUGGUGACCUGUAUGUUGAGAAACUUCUAACACACACCAUUAAAGCCCAAUCUAAUGUCAAGCUCAAGGUUUGUGAAGCUUCAUUUCUAUCUAUUUAAAACCCAUUGAAAAAAAUUGACAUUUUAAUUUUCCUGAGUAAUGCACAUGUAUUUUAAACAAUGUUUAAGUAUAAUUUUAUUUUGUAUUUUAAAUGAAGGAAUUGCUGCAGAUUUUAACAAAAGAUUCUUCUCUGAGGUCAAGAGGUACUGUUUUCUCUUUCUGUUUCUUUCUUUUUUUUAAUUCAAAUUCUAUGCACAUAGUUAUUGCAUUAAUGUUAUUAUGGAUUUCACUCAAAGGGUACAAUCCAAGAAAGUUGUCUUAAGGUUGAAGACUUUAAACAUUGUGUGAAAGUUGAAUGAUAUGCCGUUUGGUGUUUGUUUCUUGUUAAUUGUGUGCUUUUCCUUUAAAAAUAAAUAUAUUAAUGCCAAGCACUUGUGUGUGCACGAUAAAACAAUUAUUAGCGGAGCUCUCGCGCGUGAAGCGUGCCAGCGGAGCACCAUGGGUAAGAAAAUGAGGUAAUCUACCCAUCCGAGAAAAUUUGGUAAUCAAGGUGAAAAUGAGCGGCAGUGAAAAAAACUGAACAGGAACAUGUACAACAUUUCCUCGAUAAAACGUGUAACUAAGAGGUUUCUGGAAGUUUCACGUUGUAGUUGUGCAAAGCAACGGCAAAGAAAUGUACAAAAAAGUGUGCUGCACAUGCAAAGUUGUUUUUGCUUAUUAGACCUAUUGUUGUUUUUCACCGGUUUUCCAGCGUUGCAUGCCUUCCCCGCGUAGCAUUACCCGGUUUUAUAUUUUGUUUGAACAAACUAUAAAUAUUAUCGAGAGCUUCGCUUUUAGCCCUGGCUAAAUCUGUAUAUUAGAUUUUGUUUUUGCAUGAUACUGAGAAUUAUUAAGGUUUCAGUUUCUGUUACCCCUUGUUGAACCAGACAUGCAAAACCUGUGCUCAUGCUCUUUAUUUAUUAUGUUGGAUUACGUUUCAGUUCACUGCUGCCUUUGUAUUAACUAUGUACCAUAUCAUAUAGCAUACUUGUGGCCCAAAGUAUGAAAAACCUAUGUUGAAACGUUCAUAGCUUUUUAAUACCUAUGCAAAUACUAUUCAAAAUCUUUUCAUAGUCUGGACAUAGCUACAUGUACAUGUACGUAUUUACUAAGCCAAAGAAAGUUCUGUUUUUCCUGCCUGCCCCUGACAGUGAAAAUUGCCAAACAUGCUCAACUUCAUCCAAUAAUAAUUUUUGUUAAUUACAUGUAUUAUACAAGGCUGAAAUUGGUACGAGGGAGUAGGGGUUUCUGUGCGCAGACAGUACAUUUAUCCAGACCACUAUUCGUUAAAAAACUGACUGAAGAACAAAGCAUGGCUACCAAUUGUUAUUCUGUGUUUGCCCCUGUUGCCGGUUGUCCCAUCGUCUUAGCAACUUAAAGGUGAUGUACCUAGACCAUGCUUAUAAAUAAGUGCUGUCUUUGUUUUAGUGACAAUGGAUGAAUCUUGCCCCAGUGUUGCUAUACAAGUUUCAUCGGACCCCACCCCCGCUGAGGUUGUCAUUAUCACACUUAGUGAGAGGAAUGGAAGUUUUCAGGUUUCACUAGGUACCGGAGAAUGUAAGUUGUCGGUUUUUUUUUUUGAGCUUCUUAUUUUUAUUAAUUAUGAGUCUUAGGCUAAAAAUUGGCAAAGCAAUUUAUUGAGAAAAUCACUGGCACCUAAAAGUCAAAGAUGAUUCCUAGGAGCAUAUUUUUAAAUACCCACAUUAAAUUUUUCAAACUCAUAAAUAAAUUAAGUAAAUAUACAAACGUUUUAUGUUCUAAUGAGUACCUGCGGAUGGAAUGACAUUCCUUCCGUACCCAAAUGAUUUUGUUUGAGAAGAAUUUCAAACAUUCUAACAGGCCAGAUGAAACACCUGACCAAAAUACUCCGGAAAAACAUCUGGAAAAACUUCUCAUUUUGAUAUAUUACCUCAACUACCUUUUGACAUUCCUUCCAUACUCAAAUGAGUACAAUUUAGUCUAACAGGCAACCCUCUGGAAAAACUUGUUCUUUUAAUUCCUUCAACAACUUUGUGUUUUUGCACUUUCUUUACACCAAAGUAUCGUCUAGUACCUAAAUCAUUAUGCCCAGCCAAACAAACGGAGGGAAGAAAAAUAAUACCAGGGAGAAGUUAUAAUCUGAAAAGAAAGUCAAGGGAGCAUACAUCGUCUUUAGGUAACAUCUGAUUCUGUAACGUUUCUUGCUUUCCAGAUAAUGUAAUUUGCUCUGAGCUAGAGAACAUACUGAACGCAAACAUGGAGCAGUUUCUCACUGUGUUUAAAGAUGCAAGGUAAACAUGAUCACUGCUUCAUAGUCGGGUGUUUAUCAUGAAUCAUUGGCAGGUCGCAGUUUACACGGCCGUGGGAAGGGUAAAAAAACUUGUGGGCUUGGAAAAGUAGUUUACCAUCUUGCCCCGCGAGGCCUACCGGUGCCGGAGGCUUUUCAUGCGCGGUUUCUGGCCGAAGACCUGUCGGCCAGAGGCUGACAAAGCUCCUCCUCGCACGCGAGAAAAAACCUCUGGUACCCGGGGCACGCGCGGCCUUUUGGGGGGUGGAAACUUAUUUAUUGACAAUGUCCUCAUUUACGUGCACAGUUUGUGCGCCAAAAAUUAUUGAACCAGAACCGAUGCAAUCAACAGCCAGGAAGUAAAGCUUGCAUAAUUACAUUAUUGUUCACAGUCGAUUUUUUGUCAUAUGGGGAUUUACGAGUUGGUUGUGUUACAAUUAGCAACCACCUUAACUGUUUAGUGAAAACCAAACACCCAAUAAACACCUUAUUUCAUUCUGCCGAUCAAAACCACAUCAUCAUCAAUCUUACAACCUGUCGAAAUGGUUAUUCUGAGUACAACAAAUAGAACACAGCAUCAUCCUUUACUAGUAUCAAUGUAUUCCACCGAAUAAUAAUCAGAUCCCACUCAUAACAUCCUGCAGUAAACAUGCUUACUAUUCUCUUUCUGUGUUUGUGACUCGACAGAUGUCAGUUGUAUGUGAAGAGAUACCUGAAGUCCACUGCUCAGCUGCCAGUGACUGCCUCGCUGUCCUUACCAAUUAUCAACUUGUCAGAGCACCCUCAGUUAUCUCAGCUUAGCAAGCACAAGUUGUACAUCUGCUUCAAGAAACAGCCUUCUUAUUGUUUGGUUUGUAGAAACUGUACAUAUCAUGGUUGCUUAAUUCUAAGUACCAAAUCCGAACUCAAUGCAUGUUCAACUGCCUUGUACAGCACCACAUACAAGUACUGCUUCUAAACUGAUCCAUAAAGGAGCCAUUAUACUGAUUUCACUUACACAAAAAAUCCAGUUUAAAAAGUUUGUUGGUGAUGAGUCAGUCAUUUGAUGCAAAGAUAUCCUUCGUACAUGUUUAUCAAUGAUACACUCGCAAAAUACAACCAUCGGUUCUAGGCUAACGCGUGCCCUGCCAGAAAAGAAAAACAACUAAGAAGUAAAUUAAACACUGUUAAAAACUGGACAAAAGUGAUGUGGAAACAUCUUCACCAAGAAGUUGCACGAAAACCUAAAAAAUAGUUACAAGUUAGGAUACAAGUAAGAAGACUGACCGACUUAGGAUCACACAAAACCUCAGCCAAAAGUCCAAAUAGCUCUUAAAUAUUCCGCGUAAUCUUGGACCAGUUCAAUUUGGGGUCAAUUCACCUUCAAUAAAGCUUGUACAAUUGUGGUCUUUAGAGCUUGAAAACAGUGGCUACUCUGUACUGCUACUCUUAAUUUAAAAGCUUUAAAUGUUAUAUUCGCCUUUUGCCUUAAAAUUUUACUCAACAGAUUGUUGAAGUGCUCUGCGAAGAAGACUCUGAAGAAGUCAAAACAAGGUAUCAUCUCACAAAAGUAGAAAGCUCAUUUGGAGAAGAUCCAGCUGACGUGAGUACACCAGCAGACUCAAGCAGUGGAGAUCAGAAGGCCAAAAAAGUAGAGGUAAAGACAGAGGGCAGGAAAAGUCAGGAGCAGUCACGACAGAGCUGUGAUGGAGCAGCUAGAAACACAGUGCAAGAGAAUAAUCGAAAGAGGCGCCCACUUUUUCUGGUAGCUGGACACAUGGCCACUCUGAACCCUCAGAAAAUGACUGACUUUGCUGGCUCACAACUUGAAGGUACUUUGUGUAGCGACGAAAUGGUAAGGGUUGAACAAUCACCCAAUUACCUUGGGUUUUUACAUUGCAUAGCUUUGUAGCCGCAGCAAUGUUUAAGAUAGUUAUGGUAAAUGAUAAAAAAGCAGUGUUAACCGCUUAAGUCCAAAGAGUGACCAACAUCAGUUUUCUCCUAAUAAUAUUAAUACAUGAUCAAGAGAAAAAGGUAUGAGAACCGAUAAAAUGAUAAACGAAGGGGAAAAGCUCUGAUCUUGUCAAUAUCUCUUAGCUAAGGAAUGUAUAGAAGAUAGUAUUCUAGAGAAUCUGUAUUUGGAUGUUGGGGCUUGAGUGUUUUAAAAGGACCUGUGAACUAGCUGGGGUAUAGCUUGGAAUUAAGUGGCAGGGUAUCCAGCUAUUACACCAUUAAAUAUUGGAAGUCCAAGAUGACACUUAAACAGGUACAAGUUAGUAGAGCUCCCCUGUGCUUACUGCCGUUUUGCUCAAUCUGCAGGAAUCUCAAGCACUGGUCAUAGCAGUGAAAGUAAAAAACGAAAGGUAGUAAUAACAAGCUGCAAAUAUAUUUUUUUUCCUUCAAACGACAUAUGUCCUGCAAAGUCACUAUUUCAUUCGUACAAAACAUUAAUUUGGUCGUACAUAAUUAGCGACGCUUUACUACGUGCGCGUCUUGGGAAGUUAAAAAAUUAUGCAUGGUAAACACAGAAUUUGCAGGGAUACUGAUCACUGCCAUAUAUUCUCUACAAGAUUAAGAUUACGUCGGACAUGGGCUAUUUUAAUUCAGACAAUGUCUGAAGACCAAGAACUAUUUGCAGCUCUACAUUUGUGUAUCGUUUUGCUAUUAUUUAUACGGUUUGCUUUUUGUGAUCUGAAGUAGUUAUUUUCCGAUAUUUCAGUGUGUAAUAUACAAACUGAAUGUACAUUUUCCCAGGUUUGAUUUUCAUAAACUGGCCGUUUUCUUUCUUUCUUUUUGUCUUUUUGCGGUGACAAAGCAAAAAAAUGCCUUUGUAAUUUCAAGUUACUUUUUCUAAUUCUUGGGGUAUUAUUUUGUUGUUUUUUGAAGCUUAAUUCACCUGAGGAUAGUAAUAAAAGACAGAAGACCAUUCAAGAUGUGUUAAGUGAAGGAACAGAAAACUCAUCUUUUCACUUGACGUUUGGACACGUGGUUGCCAUUUGUCGUGCAAGGAUUCCUUUUAUUCAGCUGCGUGAAGAGGUACAUGUAGACAGACGCCAGCCUUUUGUAUUAAUAUAGCCCUUUCUCCCACUAGCUUUUGCUUGUCAGAAAUGUCUGAACUCUACUUGAACUUUCAAUAAGAUAUCAAUUUGUUGUUCAAGUUUAUGGUCAGGGGCAACCAACGAGAAUAUAGUUCAAAACCACUUAAACAUAGCAUUGUUAAACGUAUCUUCGUAUAUAAACGGUAGACAUAAGCAUAUUUUUAUUCCCUAAAAAUUUUUCAUCUGUUCGAAUCUCCUAACUGAAAGUCUAGUGAUCCGAAAAUUUUAGGGAUCAAAACUUACCUUUUCGAAAAUUUCAGCCAGAAAAAAGGCCCCCGAAAAUUCUAGGUGACCUUUUUAGGGUAAAAAUCCGUUAAAACUGGGCAAUUAUACCAUUUUUUAGAUGUUCAAAAAUCCUAGGAGAGGCAGACAAGCAAGAAAUUUUACAACAAAUGUUCCGAAAAUUCUAGAUCUCAAAACGUCUUCCGAACAGAUAUUUUCCGAAAAUUGACGUUGGGUGCCCCUGUAUGGUUUAUUAACUGAUGUUAAUAAACCUGAAAAUUAUGCCCUAUGAAAGCACACAUAUUGACCUAGUAGCAACAAUCGUAUCCCUGUUCUUUUGUCACACAACGUUCAACAUUUAAAUGAGCUUUUGUACUAAGUAAUGGUAGAUACUGGUUCAAAGUACAACGAUCUCAUGUUAGUCUACUGUAGUAUUGUUAGAUCCAUUGUUGAGUACGCCUCGCCAGUUUGGGCUGCGAUCCCUUUAUAUCUGGACGAGUUAAUUGAGUCUGUACAGCGGAAAGCCGGGUAGACUAUACGGAAGCCUUGGUCUUGGCCGGCCUGGAGUCUCUUAGUGGCAGGAGAGUUGGAGCUUGUAAGCGGUUUAUGGCUACUGCACACCAAAUGUCCCCCUUAAGAACAUCAUCCCCUCUCCUGCCGCUAUUGAGUCUCAUUACAGUAUAAGGGUCCAACUUCCAAGACGUCAACAUGGUCAUACCAGAAGAAUUAAUGACUUUGUAACUUAUAAAUUUUAGUGAAUGUAUGUAAUUGUAUGUGACAAUGACCUUCCCCAACAAUUCAGUUAUUGCUGCAAGUGGGUGAAAUAAACAGACUAUCUAUCUAUCUACUAACUAGUUGUUCGAUUACAAUGUAUCCUUCUCCUCUGGCAAAGUCCACUGUUACUUAACAUGAUAUACUUUCUAGACUCCACAAAGGUUCCAUUCAUAAUAUUACUUGCUCGUCAUGCACAUGUGCUCCCCUUUUUGCCGUACACUGUCCUUUCCCAGACAGUUCUCUUAGGGCCUCGGUUCAUUCACAACAGCGUUUUUUGCCAAGAUCGGGCUUCACGUCGCCGCUUUUUGCCCUAAUUACCCUUAUAAGAUUGUACGGUAAUCGAGUCGUAAACCUACUUCAACUUUGUUCGACUGUAGCUAAAAGUACUUGUUCUAUGAAGACUCCUUUGGUUGAAAAAUAUAAGGUUGACUUUGCGAGUUUCAGACGAUUACCCUUUUCGUGUGCGUUUUCUAGUUUCGCUUAAGUUUUAAUAGUGGCCAGCUUAUGGCUUGGACCCUCUCCAGCCCCCAAACAUUCUGCCGCACAAGAAAACCUGUAGUACCCUAAGCAGCAAAUGGCAGAUUCUUACCAAAAUUAAUGAUUUACGUGUCUUUUGUUAGCUGAGUCGUCACAAGAUCAUUUAUCAAGGCCUUACGUCAGAGGCUGGAGUUGGUUUGGCUGUUAGAUUGUCUAACCUACCCCUCCCUAAGGACUGUGGAGCGGCGCUUUUGUCAUCCUUUCAACCAAAUGUCCUGGAUUGUGUCUUACGAUUGCCAGAUGAAUCACAGAAAACCUGUCUUCUGGAGAUGAUCAUGGAUAACUGUCCGCUGGAAGGACUCUCUAACAGUGAAAAAGGUUGCACACGGCAUCUGAUGUUUGAGUACAGUGUACAUGACCUGGGUAGUGAGGACAGCUCGGAAAACAGUGGAGGGGACACCGAGAAGAACUGGGCCAAAGGUGUAGUAACCAAGCUAUUGAAUGACUGGUGCAGCGUGUGCAAGCUGUAUCAGCAUGCUGUAGAAUUGGAUGCCUAUCUCAAAGGUAAGUUGUUGCAGCUGUUUUCUUUAUUGUUAUAUUUAAUUUGCACCAAAACCGAUAAUCAGCGACAGAAAAGCCUGGGACCAGGCUCUGCAGUGGGGGACAAAUGCUAAAAACAGGAUUCAAAUAGGAAAAAUAUCGGCGAGCGACCCUUUCCCCUCCUCAGAAAACCUCUCGGCUCGCUUCGCUCGCCGAUUUCUUUUUUGCCCACGUCGAUUUUUUUUCCUUUUUCCCCCAAUGCGGAGCCUGGUCCCAGGCUACGACAGAAUUUAUACGACACUAUAGUCUUAUGGGAUACAUAUCAGACAACAAAACAGCGCAGACUCUUUCUCCCACCCUCAAUUCAAAGUUGGGUUGUUUUUUGUUUCUUACAAGUAGCUUAAACAGCGAAACGACAUUGUUUAGAGGGUGUGGGGAGGGAAAGCUUCAUUUUUUCUCUUUUGGAGUGAGUAGUGUCGGCUAAACGUGGGAAAGGUCUUUGAAGGCAAAGUGCCGCAACUCAUUUUGUUGCCGAUUCCGGAUUUAAGGCUGUAAAAAAUCGCUCUCGGUUCGAAUCCCUGUCAGAAAGGGGAAGACGAGGAAAGAAAUUCUCUUUUCUGACUAUUUUGACUAUUGUGGAGGCAAUAAUUGUAGGAUCGAACCAAAGUAAAUUGAACACUGGGCUGUAUAUAAAAAGCUUUCUUAACUUUUUUUCCAACUGCCGGCACUUUUUUUUAGCGAAAAGAAGAUUUUCUAAUGGUUUCUCCUUUUUCUUACAUUUUAGAAACGUCUGCAAACCAGAAUCUGGGGCCCGUUUCUCGAAAGCCUCAAUAAUUAACCGCCCCCUAAAGCUGUUGUUGUUUACAUGCAUCUAACAUGAUAAAACUAUCAGUUAGUGAAACAAAAUGGAGUAGUUUGCUAGCCAGGACCCGCACCCUUAUUCUUUGUUUUUCGAUUCGAAUGUUUGAUUUCGGGCCCCAAAAGUUACCGGUACUCUCGAGAAACGGGCCCCUGGACUUUUCAAACUGGAAUUGAGGGGAAAUUAAUUGUUUUCUCUACACAAUUUAAGCGAGUUGCCUAUCAUUUCAGUCUGUAAUUAAUUUGCUUAUGCCUCUGAGUAAAAACCCUUUACCACAGCUUUGGCCUGAAAUAAGUUUCCAUUGAUUUUAUAAUUUUUGCCAACUUUUACAGUCAAUAUGGUACCCUAAGAUCAGUACGUGAUAUUAUUUAAAUUUGUGAUUUUUUCCUGCUUCCUAACACAAUAGUUAGACUGGCUGUGGCAAGAGAGUAAUGCUGAUAACAAUCAUGAAUUAUUAAUGUUUAGGUAUAAUUGUUUUUACCAGAUUCACAGAGUCAUUUUCGUCAUAUGUGCCGUGUUUAUUCCUACAACUACAAGCAACUGACCCUGCAGUAUGACCCUGACAAGCAAAGUUUGGUAAGUUCAUUACUGAACGUUCGAUCAGUGACCUUAUGCCGCAAUAGGAUAAUUUCGGAAUAGCCUUGAUCAAAAAAACAAGUUUUUUUUCCAGUUAACGGUUAAUGAUCCGCGUUUUGUUCAUCAUGAACCCGCAGCGAUGUAUCAACAACCAUUGAUGUUGAAAUGGCAAUUGAAAUUCUCUAGGAAGAUUCGGGGCAGGAAGGUUGGGGUAUUCGUGAUAUCUUGCCCUGUAUUUUUUAUUAUAUUAUAUUUUAGAGGGGCAGUGUUAUGGCGACUUCCAUUGGUUUUGGUUAAGCUUGGCUGAAGUUAUAACUAAGAAUUCUCACUCAUCUUUUGUCAUAUCUAGAACUCUAAAAGAAAGAAAUCAAAUGAUUUUGACAAAGAAAAAACGAAAAUAAGUAGGGCUUUGGUCAUUUUUCGACAACAUAGGUGUUAAAAGUGCCAAGAUCAUCCACCGUGGCCCUCCAAAAAAAUUCAAAGACAUACCCUUAUAUUUACGAGUAAUUUUAAAUGAAAAAUAUUUCAGAGCUUUCUAUCAUUCCAAUUUGUUGGGAAGUCUUGAAGUUAGUCCAGAAAAUCAUGACAUGGCCCCUUUAAACAGCUCAUUGACGCUAAACGCAUUAAAGGUUAUGCCGAUUGAGAAGUUCAGGACAAGGUUUAUUGCUUUCUCCACUAAAGAGUGUCUUUUCUGCUCCAAAGCAUUUAGUUACCUUUUACCGCUGGUUGUCUGAUCUUUCUGGUUCAAUUUCUGGAUCAAUUUAAGUUUCUGGGAAAAUGCCCACCUACUCCUCCCCUAAGCCAACAUUAACACUUACUUCUCGUUGAGGGCAAAAUGUUGGCUUAGGGGAGGGGUAGGUGGGCAGUUUCCCAGAAACCUAAAUUGAUCCCAGUUUCUUUGUUGUCGUGAAAAUCGGCGGAAACGCUAGGAAAUGACGUCAUUAUUCCAUUUGUUGUUCCAUGAAGCAUUCUGCUGCCGAGGGCAGAAUGUCUGGAAUAUAUCCCAAUUACUCCGGAAGUGGAAUAGCAGGUUGAUCGAACAGAUAUUUAACAAUUAUUCCUCGAGCCCGAAUGGGCUCUGAGUCGGCCGAAUGGGCUAUUGACUCAGCGGCCAUGAGGGCGAGAGGAAUAAUUGUUUUAGUAAAAUCCAGCUAGUUCGUCAAAAAUAUCGAGACAAAACAGCUUUAGCUAGCAAAACGAGAUUCAGCCGCCACUGUUUUGGUCUCCAAAGCCGGCGCUUUUCGCUACUAGUGGGCUAUAACAUAUAGCCUAGUAGUAGCUCAACCAAUCAGAACGCAGCAUUGAUAAUAGACCAGAGUAGUUGGAGUUUACUAAUCCGGAAUACGCAUCGUAUUUGUAUUCCAGAAUAAGGUUAACUGAACGCACCCUUAAUAUAAUGAAGCACUGUUGGUCAACCCUAUUACCCAAUACAUUUAUGAGAGCAUCCGAAAAAAAAUAAAUAAAUAAAUAACGAUCUAGAGGUAGCACAUCCACAUAGUGGCUCUUCGUCUACCUUUCUUGGUCGAAUUGAAAUUUAGAAAUGUCGAUUUUUGAGGAGUGGUGAGAGCCGGAGUACCCGGAGAAAAACCUCUUGGAAAAAAGCGACAGACGCAACAACAAACUCAACCCACAUAAUAUGGCGUUGAGGCCGGGAUUUGACCCCGGGCCACAUUGGUGGGAGGUGAAUGCUCUCCCCGUGAACUGCUACAUUUUCUGACGGAUUCAUAGCAGUGCGUUUUUAUCGUUUUAUUGAAGGUAACGUUUGAAUGGUCCGUGGAGCAGUCUGAAUUUGUAUUGACAUUUGGGUACUGUGGUCCGUAUCUAAGUGCCAAUCCACACAGUACAACUGCCAAGCACCUACAACAGGAGUUUAACAAACAUCAAAGUCUUCCCUACAUUGUACAGGUAUUAAAUGAAAAGAGUCUCUACUCUAUCUUCAAAUCAAGUGUGUAAAAUGAUUUACAAUAUUGCGAUAGAAUAAUGGGAGUAAAGAUUUGUAUUGGAAUCAAUUAACAAGGAAAUUAAAAUAGCCCAACUUUCUUGUUGGCUAAAAUUUUAUUGUGAUGCAGGUGAACUAUUAAAGUAAGCACUACCAAUAAACUUCUUUUCUGUUGCUUAUCCUUCAGAUUUUUGAAUUAUAACAUGCGUAGCAGGCGGUUUUUGGGUGUGAUUUUCGUUUGUGGUGCGUUAAGUUUUCUCUUGCCUCCUCCUCCAUCGACCGAAGUUUAAAGGAAAUAUUUGAAGAUAUCCUCGGAUUUAAUCUGUUGUGGGACUGUUUGUGAACGGAGUUCGCACAGUCUCGAAAAGUCCUUAAAUUUCUAUGCAAGUCCUUGAAAAGUCCUUGAAUUUUCUUCUACUUUGAAAGGCCUAAAAAGUGGUUUUUUUUAUGCUUUUUGGUUGUCCAGGACAGGAUAUGAAUCAUAGCUCAGAGAAUUUAAAGGUUAUUUACACUAAGUGCUCAAUGUUUUAUGCAAUAAUUGACUAUCAAUUUGAGACAAGUGAACUGAAAAAUGUAGAGAAGUUGGUGAAGCAAACAGUUCAAGCCUUAGAGACUUAUUAGAAUACACUGGGGAUGUGCAUUUUUGUAGAAUCUGUGAAAUUGUAUUCCUAGUAGGUGGUCCUUGAAAAGUGGUUGCAAAUUUUGUAUGAACCCUGGUGAAACCCGACGUCUAAGUAUUAAUGGUGUGACAAAGUAUGCCAGGGGCACUGAAAUUGUGUAUAAUUAAACGCAGUUGUUUUUGUUGGUCAAUACAACUGAAUACCUGUCAUGCUUCGUAAAGGCUAAACAUCGAUCAUUAUCUCUUUUCAGAUCCUUCACGACACUUUCCGUCCACUCUCUGCCAUAGCGAAACUUAGCACCAAACCCACGCUUGGAAUACAAGUGACUGUGAGUUUUAAAAUUUAGUGUUCCUGUGGCGUGUGUAUUUGGAAUAUUAUGUUUCUGUUUUAGUGUCAGUGUGACGUGAGGAAGGUUUGCAAGCGCGUGAAGUACCGAAAAUACUUGAUUUAGCGCCCUCCUACAAAUAAAUUCCCUCCACUAGUUAGUGUGCCCUUGAGUCUAAAAAUUGAUUAAAUAAGUGCGCGCCCAACCUUCCAUAAAAAACGACACUGAAUUUGUGGAAAAGGCGUAGAAUGGAGGAACCUAGAGGACCUCAGAGGAAACAGGACUUUCAGACCGACCACACAGAAUUGUGUUUCGUCAGUUUACUGUCACAGUGUGUAUUACUAGGUAACAAAGAAAACGUCAUGUUGAGGCAGAAUUCGAAAUUUAAAAAACGAAAUAGGCGCCCCCUUCAAAUUAGCUUCCCCCGCCACCCCCUCGACUUAGAAAACUAAAUUAGCGCUUCGGGUGCAAAUUCGAGUAUUUACGUUACUUGUGGUUUUUGGUAUAAGUGAACUGCUCGCUCGUCUAUAGUAAUAUUACUCAUCGUUUUGUUUUAUAGCGUCCACACAUGUCCUUCAGGAAGUUUGCAGUUCUUCCCCAGUCAUCUACGCAUGUGUUACUGGUCUACAGGAACAAGUAUCCUUUUUUAUGUUGGUUCAGGUUGAGCGAAGCUUAAGCCUUCGUUGUCCCGUGAACUGAGAACAAAAGUGUUUGUUUGGCUGUUUUUAAAGGCCUUUAGUGCCAUCGGCCCGGUUCCUGAAAGGCCGAUUAGCACUAAUCCAGGACUGCAGUUCUGUUCCACCUUUUGCAUUUACCUUCCUUUGCAUUGCUUGGAGUAACAUUUGAUGUUAUCAUUACUGUUUCUCAGAGUAAAGGUUCAACAGUAUUUUGUAAGCUUGAGUUACAUGUUCUUAGACCUGAAAACCGUGCUUAAAAUUUGGCUUAAUCCUGGGUAUAACUCAACUAUCUUUCGAAGAAGCAGGCCCAGGAGUUCACUCGCCAACCUGUGCAAACUACAACAUUUUAGACUGAAUUGCCAAGUCCUUUUGUCAUUGCUGAUUUAAGCCAUCCACCCCCCUCAAUGGUGAGACGACUGUUUCACAAACGAGACACGGUGACGUUUUUGGUAUCCGGUAGAAUCGACUUCCGGGCAAAACGAGCGCAAUUCACGUUUUUGAUGAUGAUAAAGAUGAUGAUAAAGAUGAUGAUGAUGAUCAUGAUGAUGUUUAGAAUUAGAGCAUUAAGGUUUUGUUUCUUUUCAAAAGAACUUUGUUUCGUUCUUGACACUGUUCUUCAGCAACGCGUUAGAAGUUCGUUUUCGAGCAAAGAACCUUGUUGCUAUCAGAGGUAACGGAAUAAUGAACAUUUAUACUCUAAAUUACCAAAUAAAAGAUUGUAAGUACGUAGGUAAAAAACGCAAGGGUUUGAAGGGCAAUCGAUUUUUGUCACCGACAUUGGCGUGAAUACAAAAAAAGAAAUUUCCGUCACUUACGUAGUUAUAGCGUUAGCACCUUAAGUAUUUUAUUCCUUAUAAGAGACUGUGCAAUAAUUAUCAGGGGGGGGGGCUGAAAAACUAGAGUUAUCUAGCAAAAACUUAGACAGUACCCCGCUCCAAAACAAAAAAAAUUAGUUCUAACCCCCCCUCUGUUAUGUUAAAAAUAACGUCGCACCCCCCCCCCCCCCACCACACUGGUAAACUCAAAACUGGACUGAGCUGCAAUCACAGCUUCAAUAAUGAUAAACGUUAUUAUGUAACAUCUAGUAUCGAGAAGGAUGUUGAUCGCUUGAUUGAAGAUUUAGACAAAGCAUUUGCUAAGUACCGGGGUGUUUACCACAUUGGCUCAAAAUCUAAAAAAUUCUGAAGCCAGAAAGAGAAAGGAGAAAAAAAAAAAAGAACAGAAUUGAACAAAUAACAGACGAAAAAGAACGAUCCUUGGGAGGAGAGCCUGUUGAAAUGAGCCACAUAUAUAUAGAAUUCAGCAAAUCGAUUCAGUCGAUGAAGAAACAUUACUUUUAUUCACAUCAAAAACCGACAAAGCUUGUCUACGAGAUCGGUUUGAUUCCCAUUGUUUUAUGGGGGAAGCUGAAAAACAAGUUCAUGAUUUUUGCUUUACACAGGAUCAGCUCAAUUAAUUAGAAGACGGGUUAAAAUUGAUCAGUUGUGAAUUUGCUUUUCAUUUUGAUGGAAUAUUUUCAAUAAUCGUUUAACAGCUGUUCGUGUUGAUAUUUGUUACAGUCUAUCAUGAUGCCUGUAUUGAGAAUCUUUUAUUGCGUUUAAUUUUAUUUACAUUUCGAAUAAAACUUAAGGCCCCCCCUCCGUCAAAUGAGUGAUUUUACUUUGAGCCCCCCUAUCUUGGCAGCAAUUUUAUGUAAUGCCCCCCCCCCUCCUGAUAAUUAUUGCACAGUCCCUAUAGCAAAUGUAAUAUCUUAAUAUAUACCGUACUUACGUGGCGAUAGGUUUCCUCAAUAUAGUAGAAACUUCAGGAAGUGGAAGAUCACCGUGUACCGGCCCGUGUACCGAAGUCUUUUUGAGUGCCUGUAGUUUUAAGCUUGGAUUGGUUUCAAUGCGGUGGACAUCAUUGUUGUAUUCAUUGUUGUAUUCUAGAAUUAUAUAACUGAAGUUUUAGUCGGUCUUUAGAGUCAUUUAUAAUGAACUAUAGGCUUCAUCGGUGUAAUUAAACUAAUCACAGCUAAUGACAUAUCUUGUGUCACUAGAUGCCUCAUACAGUCUAGUGGACCCCAGCAAGAACAAACCUGGCUUUACACCGAUUCAAAAUUUAAAGGUUUGUUGGUGUUUUUAAACAACGAUCACAUCCAAAUCCUGCUGCACAAUAUAAGUAGUACAAACAAGCUAUAAUGAGGAAAGCCAAACUUAGAAAAUUGAGUAUCUUCCCGGUAACUAUCAGAAGCGUAUUGAAAUAUUGCCAACUCACACUUGCCCCUGAUUACAAGCCCAAUCGAUUUUGUAACGCAAUUUUUCUUUUUUAAGAAACCACCUCAUAGAGAAACCCAUCCGAAUGCGAACCCGGGGCUUAUUUUCGGAAUUUUACAGUUUUGUGACAAGUUUUGUUUCUUCAUUUAAUUAAGUCCGUUGAAGAAGAAUGGCGUUACUGUCAGAAGUAUCAGAAAACUCUUAAGUUGUUGUUGUCUUUAUCGAUGUUGUUGUUGACGUUUUUCGCCCUUUUCUUUGUUAGAUUUAGUAUUUCUUCUUAUAUCCACCCUUAGUUCAUAGUCGCCUGUAUAUUCUAUUUCUGUAUUUUUCGUUCGGUUUCUCUAGGUCUUCCUUCAAUUAUAUGUUGAUGAAGUUGCCAAAGUUGGAGGAGUAACUUCCCGUCAUGCCUCUACAGCAGAUGAUGAAGCGCCACCCUCACCUAUUGCCAUGGAAACAGAUGUACCUGUCAUUGAUCCUCAGUUUACGUCACCACAGCCUAUGCAAACCGCCAAUCUAACACCUUCACCCAUGAUCUCGCGUACCUCGCCCCAGGCUCCCCCUUCCUCAAUGAGUGUUCCCUCGCCAUUUUCUUCUUCACCGAGCGUAAACAGCCCGGGUAAUAUCUAUGGUGUUGGCUCUCCAGGUAGUUUUGCGUUGUUUAUACAGUAAGCUAUUAUGCUUUGGACCAGUAUGAGAACUCUUUAGAGAGAAUAUUCCUCUUCUUUUCUGGUCUCGUUUAUAACUGGUCGUGAUUUAGUGAAGCAGAGGAAUUGAAGAAAGCAGAGUCAGGAAAAAGAGUGGGUUUCCAAAACAGAACUGGUAGAAGGGAAAGGACAUACACAUUAAACUUAGCCUUACAGACUCUAACUGGUAAUCAUCUAUCGCAUUAGGUGACUUGCAAGGUGUUUGCAAGUAAAUUUUCCAAGAAUUGCUUAUUUUUCCCGGAACUAGGUUACAAACGUCGAUAGCAGAUUGGGAUAACCAGUGCUCAUUAGCCGUAUUAUGUUCUUACUUUUAUAUUUCCUAAUAAAAAUUUCAUGUUUGGAUUUAGGUUUGAUAUAACGUUUUUUUUUUUAUCUGUUUGCUUUUGCUUGACUUGACAAGUUAAAGAAAGCUGCUGCCUGGUGUGUUUCGUUCAUCUGUUCAUACGUUGCCUGUUUCCUACAUCUUUGCAGCUGCUUCAAAUGAUGUUGCUUUGCUCUGUUUUGUAAACCAUCUUUAUAUCGUUUUUCUAUCAUAUUUGGCGGUUUGGAGACGUAGUGGUCUGGUGUGUAACUUGUCGCUUGGAGCUAAGCAGCAGGCAUGUUGAUUCCAUACGUUGCCUCAGCUGGAGACUCGAUAAAUCGCUGGUUUAUCUCGACUUGUCUGUUUCUAACCUUCCUUUCCAUCCCUUUUUCUCUCUGUGUCACAUACAGUUCUUCCAUUCAUGAUUGCUAUGCUGUCUUUUGUUACGAUAGAGUAAGCUAGCUUUGAGUUCAAUAGCAUAUCCAUGACGCCCGCUAUGCUAUUUUUUGUCAGAUUUUUCUCGCUAAUUGCUGUUUUGUAAAUGCCUGGUUACUUGCAGGCUUGAUUUUUACUAAGUAGUAAGUCGAUCAAAGUUUUUCAAAAAUAUUAGAGUAUGGCUCUUUCCAUUGUUGAGACGCGAAAUUGAAAAAAGCUCAUGUAACAUAAACGCCAAAUAGAACAAGUUACGUCUUUGAGUUUGUUAAUUCAUGAGCGAUGAAAGUUUAACAGUGUAGUAGCCUAUCUACGGUGCUAAGUUCUGGUCAGCAGACGGUCAAAUCUUUUUUACUGAAGAAGUGCAAAUUCUAAACUCCUCGUGUAGCGUAACAAAAAGCAUCACUGGAAAGCUGUCUAAGUUUUUAUUAUUAUUAUUUUUCUGAUUUGUCUCGUUCGAUGAGUUUUAUCUGAACAGGGAAAUCCUUUGACCUUAUUCACGUUCAAGAUAUCAGUUCUCUCGAUUGCACAACGAAGACAGUUCUUUAUUUCUAAACCACAGCUACUCAGCUUUCAGCUCUUCUACAACCUUCACCAGCUGCUGCCCUGUCUCCCGCGGGCUCAUCUGGUCUUUCUGUGGUGUCUCCAGCGACAAGUCACCAAUUUGCCACUCCGUCUCCUGCAUUAGGCGGCUCCUCCCCAGCCUUCUCUCACAACAUGCCUGUUACGUCACCAGGGUCCUGGCCAAUGUCCCCGCAAUUUACUGGAACUGGUCAGGCUACAAAGUUCAGGUAAGCCUUUGAUCUGUCUGUACUGCACACUGCAGUUAUUGUUGCUCGCCCAAUCUGACAUAAAGAGGAUUCUCAAUCUAUUCUGAGACCUCUUAAUUACAAACUAAAGAGUUUACAGUCGUACUGUAUGGAGACCAUGGCGACUACAAAAAUUGUUUAGUGGUUAAUUCUAUCUAUGAAAGGACCCUCUCUAGCUCUCCCUUCAGCCUGGUUUUUGGUUCACCAAGAUUUACUCAAUAUUGCUGAUCCUGAUCUACACCAAAAUCGGCUUCGCUCCGCUGCUCGGUUUUUCCAAAUGGCACUUGCAUUAUGUAAAUAAAUAAAUACUUGAUUAUCCUUUCCCCUUUUGGGGCUUUUCAGGGAUAAUAAAACAAAGUGUUCAAAUGGAACAUAACAUGAUUAAGAAUCCCAGCUGAUAGGAGGUGACCUAGUUGACUAUUUCACAAGCGUGGAAAAGAACUGGGGAUUACCGAGAGCAAAUUCAGAAAGCGGCCAUGGCGGGACUUGAACUCGGGGCCUCCGGAUUACGAGUCCAUCUCUCUAACCACUCG